CAUAAACUAGCGCAUGAGAAGUCUGUUUCGCAUAGCUAAGCCCUACCAUAGUUUUAUGACCGCAAGGUACUGUAGCUGAAAGUAUGGUGUAUAGGACCACAUACAAGUGAACCCUCAUAUGUUACACAUACCAAACCACUAUCUUUCGUGGACGAUUUAAUUAAAAUAUGUAUUUAGGAUAGUCAGGACAAAGCGUGGUGGCAAUGCGUGUUGUUAGUGAUUGUUGCUUCUGGCAGGUGUAAUUUACCUGGUUGUAAUCUGUGGAACGAGUCUCCUGAUGACGUAGUAAAUCCUUCAACAAUAGUCCGAAUAUAUCAGUUUGUUACCACUUUUGAAAUUCUGUGCAUUACAACUCUUCAUUGAUUUCUUCCCCUCCUAACCUUCAUGUUUUUCCACUGUAGUAUCAUAUCUAUCCGUUUAUUUAUUAUGUCGUUUCAAAGUGUGGCAAUUUCAGUCGGCACCAAUAGGAAACGUUUUUCAUUAAUCUGUUUGCUUUUCGAUGAUUAAAGGAUAAGGGUUAUCGGAACCAAAUUUCUGUUAAUUCCAUUGAGUCAGACAUUUCAGAAAUGGAAGUGUUUUUUUCGCAGAUAUUUUAUAAAUACAUCGAGUUGCCAUGUUUACAUAAUGUAUUGUUUCAUUUACGUUUGAUUUCUUAUACUUUAGCCGUAUUUUUAAAAGAAUAAACUGAUCGACUGCUCCAACUGUUUUGUUUUGAAAGUUAUGCAAGCAGUAAUAAUAACUAACACAGAGUCUCCUGAAUUGGGACAACUAACAGUACUUGGUUCUGCUUCUUUACUUCCUUUGGGAAAUGAGACAAUACUCACUAAGUUAAUAGGCCUUUUUCUUGACAGCGAAAUAUCAGAUAUAAUAAUUGUUCAUAACAAAGCUCAAACAGCGCGUUUAACAAGUUAUGUAAAUGCACAUUAUCAGUUUUGGCCUGCAUUUGCAAAAGUUAGUCUUCACGAACUUCCUGAUUACUGUCCGUUACCUGAAACAUUGCAAAGAAUUCGAUCUUCUCUACAAUCUGAGUACUUAUUUAUUACACAUUCCAACACUGUUAUGUGUAACAUCAAUUUGCGCGAUAUGUUUUUGACAAUGAUCAGAAAAAAGGCGUCAAUGGUGGCUGUAUUUUCAUCGCUCCCUAUAACAGAAAGCAAGCUUAUGAAGUCUCUCCCCAGUGAACUAACCGUAACUACAAGUGAUGGAAGUGUAUUAAUCACUUAUGUACCUGCAAGUGAUAUAAGGAAACAGACCAAACUUUCGAAGAGCCUUACUUCCCAAGGAGCUAUUCUGUGCCGUUCAGAUCUGAGAGACUGUGGAUUCUAUUUAAUUUCCAGGUCAACGUUGGAUCAUAUUACUAAGUUGGGCGAAGAUAUAACCCAUCGUAAAAAAUCCAUUUGGCAGCAUAUCUGGAUUGAACCUCCAGAAAUAAAUCAAGAAACUGAACUAGGUUCUGGUGACAAAACCACGAUCAACGGUGUUAAUAAUUAUACAGAAUGUUACAAGAUAGGUGGAACGUGUAUUCACGAACAUAAUGAUGAAGUUAUUGCAGUCAAGAUUGAAGAUCCUUUGAUAUAUGUUGAAACAAAUCGCUUGAUUAUUCAGAAAUCGUCCAGUCCAGGAAACCAACAGCAAGGCAAAAAAGGAGAAUCAGGAAAGGAGCAGAAUCUAAUACAGGACAAUUGUAUGAUUCAUGAAAAGGCAUUUAUUCGUGCGACUUUUGUUGGCUCUUCAUGCAAGAUCGGUGCCAAUGUACGAAUUUUAAACUCAGUCCUACUUCCUAAUGUAGAGAUCAAAGAUAAUUGUACCGUUCAAGGAUGUGUCAUUGGAGAAAAAGCUGUUAUUGGAGACCAAUGCGUCCUAAAAAGUUGUGCUGUUGCCGCAUUACAACGUGUACCGACUGGCACUAAUCUAGAAUCAAAGCAGUUAGGAUUUACAGACCCAGAAUUAAAUACCACAUAA